AGGAGUCAUAUAAGCCGGUGGAAGUCAACAGUUGGAAAACUACCAAUGAAUUUAUGACAGAGUGACCUUAGUAAACACAUGUACUAAGGCCAAGGUCUCUUACCGAGCAGGAGGAAUGUCUCUCACCGUCUCAGUGUAAGUCGUGGGUUUAAAGAGCUGGAGACCAGAGCUUUAUAGUGGUGUUGACUGGUUCUGACUGAGAGUUCAUGUGUCCAGGCUGAGCAGUGAAGCAGUGAGUGAACAGUGAUUCCAGCAUUAACCAGCAAGAGAGGCAGGAUGUCCAACCUGUACUCCAACGGAGCCGGCAGCGUGCAGUAUGAUCGCUGGAACGAGGACAACGUCAACAUGAAUGUGGAGGCAUCACAGUCCACUGGGAUGAGGAUCUACAACAGAGUGUGUGUCGGCAGCACUGGGGUAGCAGUGAAGACAGCAGGAGCUCUGGCUGCACUGGUGUCCAUCUACAUCAUAGGAUAUGUGACAGGGUACUACAUCCAUAGGUGCUGAUGGUGGAGCUCAGCAAGGAGAGAAAAGCACUCGAACGAUGUAGACUAACGAUGACGAUAAGGCAUCUUUCGUCAGAAGAGCACUCAAUCCGAGUGUGUUCAAAAAUCUGUGAUCAUUUCAUUCUUAUUGGUAAUACAC